AUAGAGUUUCCAAGGAGCAGCUGGUGGAUUCGAACUGCUAACCUUUUGGUUAGCAGCCAAACGCUUAAUCACUGCGCUGCCAGGUUGGGUAUGAAAUAAAAGGUCUUGAAGUAGAACUGCCUCUUUUCAUCUUAGUGGGUCCUCGGUGCCUGGCACACAACACUCACUGACACAUGGUAGACACUCAGUAAAUAUUUGUGUGAAUGACUGAGUGAGUAAAUGAGUGAAAUGGUGAGCAGAGUGCUAAUGGACUCAUAGACACUUGUACGGAAUUGGAAGGUGGCAGAGGAAGCUCCUUUCUUGGUCUCCUCUUCAAGGUUAUCACUGAGUGGAUGUAGAUGUGGUAUAGAUGGCACAGCCCCCUUGUGGUCUCUCUCUCAGCUCUGGAGCUUUUGUUCCCACGUGUGCACUUUCUGAGCUGUGCUUUUGUUACCUAAGCAGAUGUUUUCUCUCAGGAUGCUGGUCCUUUGUUUUGAAAAGUGUACACAUCCACCUGUUCCUGAAUGAUUUACUGACUUUGGUUGCUUCCCCUUGCUUGAUUUGGUUUUUCUCGUCCUUGAGGUGAACAGCCUUGAAAUAAGUGGAUUGUGUACCACCCCUAUUCUGCCUGUCUUAUUUUUGAUGUUACUUGGAUGUACUAAAAGUAAUGAGCAUUUAUUUUUCCAUCUUGAAGAGUUGUCCUUGACUUAGAGGGAGUAUGCAGUGUGUCAAAGUUUUCAUUUCACUGUGGUUGAUGCCAGCUGGCCACGUGCAGUAAUAAACUCCAGCCAAUUCAGAGCACAGUGAGAGUUCUUAAGGGGGAGAGGUGUCAACAAAACACCCUUUAAAUGUAAGCAAAACUGCUUCUUAGAGAAAAGGCCGUUUUUCUGGGGGACAGAGUCCAAAGCUUUCGUUAGAUUUUCAAGGAGAUCCAUGAUCCCAAAAAAUCAUAUCCGCUGGGCCAGAAGGUUAUGGUGGAUUGACAUGCUCUUUCUUUGCAUUUCAAAGGCAGAUUGGGAGCGGUGCCGAGAAAAAUUUCCUUACUAGAUGACAUUUCAUCGCAAUGUCCGAUCGUUUGGGGCAAAUAACCAAGGGCAAGGAUGGGAAAAGCAAGUACUCGACUCUCAGCCUGUUUGAUAAGUAUAAAGGAAAAUCAGUAGACGCACUCAGAUCCUCAGUUAUUCCUAGACAUGGCUUACAGAGUCUCGGGAAAGUUGCCACAGCCCGGCGUAUGCCACCGCCUGCAAACCUGCCAAGCUUGAAAUCUGAAAACAAAGGAAACGACCCCAACAUCGUUAUAGUACCCAAGGACGGGACGGGAUGGGCAAACAAGCAGGAUCAGCAAGACCCAAAGAGUUCCAGUGCAACGGCCUCUCAGCCGCCGGAGUCGCUGCCGCAGCCGGGUUUGCAGAAAUCUGUCUCCAAUUUACAGAAACCGACACAGUCAAUCAGUCCGGAGAAUACAAAUUCAGCGCCAGGUGGACCAAAGUCAUGGGCACAGCUGAAUGGAAAGCCAGUAGGACACGAAGGUGGUUUAAGGGGCUCAAGCCGACUAUUAUCCUUCUCUCCCGAGGAAUUUCCGACGCUGAAAGCAGCUGGAGGGCAGGACAAGGCUGGCAAAGAAAAGGGCGUCUUAGAUCUGUCGUAUGGGCCAGGACCAAGCCUCCGCCCUCAGAAUGUGACAAGCUGGAGGGAGGGCGGUGGGCGAAACAUAAUUUCUACCACGUCUCUGAGCGCCUCCCCAACUGAGCUGGGCAGCAGGAACUCGAGUACGGGAGACGGAGCCCCCUCCUCGACAUGUACCAGCGAUUCUAAGGACCCCUCUCUCCGCCCGGCUCAGCCUGUCCGAAAAGGGGCUUCACAGUUCAUGGGAAAUGUAUACCACCCACCUACAUACCAUGACAUGCUUCCUGCUUUUAUGUGUUCACCACAGUCAUCAGAGAACCAGGGUACAGUGGAACGAGGAUCUUUUCCCCUUCCUCAGCUCCGCCUUGAACCCCGUGUUCCUUUUAGACAGUUCCAGAUGAAUGACCAAGAUGGAAAAGAAAACAGGCUGGGAAUGGCUCGCCCAAUCCGUCCACUAAGGCAGCUGGUGGAACGAGCGCCGCGGCCUACCAUCAUCAAUGCAGAAAACCUGAAGGGCCUUGAUGACCUGGACACUGAUGCUGAUGAUGGCUGGGCAGGCCUUCAUGAAGAAGUGGACUAUUCUGAGAAAUUGAAAUUCAGUGACGAUGAAGAAGAGGAAGAAGUUGUGAAGGAUGGCAGACCAAAGUGGAACAGUUGGGACCCUAGAAGGCAGCGGCAGUUGUCAAUGAGCUCUGCGGACAGUGCUGAUGCCAAGCGUACCCAAGAGGAAGGAAAAGACUGGGGUGAGACAGUAGGCAUGUCCCGUGUCGUCCGAAAGAUGCCGGAAUCUCAGCCACCUUCCAGGAAGCUUCACAGCUGGGCGUCAGGCCCUGACUAUCAGAAGUCCUCAAUGGGCAGCAUGUUCCGGCAGCAGUCCAUUGAGGAAAAAGAGGACAAGCCACCCGCACGACAGAAGUUCAUCCAGUCAGAGAUGUCUGAGGCCGUGGAACGAGCCCGCAAGCGCCGGGAAGAAGAGGAGCGCCGAGCCCGGGAAGAGAGGUUGGCUGCCUGUGCCGCUAAACUCAAACAGCUGGACCAAAAGUGUAAGCAGGCCCAGAAGGCAAGUGAGACCCAGAAGCAGGUAGAGAAGGAAGCCCCCCGAUCUCCAGGCACCGAGAAGGUGCCCCUCCAGGAGAAUGGCCCUGCUGUUCACAGAGGCUCCCCAGAGUUCCCUGCCCAGGAAGCCCCCAACACAUUUUCAGAAGAAGCACCAACUGCUUCUCCUGCUGCUCAGAGCAGCAGCAGUGAGGAAGAGGCCAGGGAGGCUGGGUCCCCUGCACAGGAGUUCAGCAAAUAUCAGAAGUCACUUCCUCCCAGAUUCCAGCGCCAGCAGCAGCAGCAGCAACAGCAGCAGCAGCAACAGGAGCAGCUGUACAAGAUGCAGCACUGGCAGCCGGUGUACCCGCCGCCUUCUCACCCGCAGCGUACCUUUUACCCGCACCAUCCCCAGAUGCUAGGCUUCGACCCCAGGUGGAUGAUGAUGCCUUCCUACAUGGACCCGCGAAUCACACCUACUCGGACUCCAGUUGAUUUCUACCCCUCAGCUCUACAUCCUUCAGGAUUGAUGAAACCCAUGAUGCCCCAAGAUUCCCUCAAUGGGACUGGCUGUCACUCUGAAGAACAGAACUGUGUGCCCCCACUCCAAGAAAGAAAAACGACUGCCAUUGAGCCAGCCCCUGUGUGGACUCCAGAGGGCUACAUGGCAUUGCAGAGCAAGGGGUACUCACUCCCCCACCCGAAAUCGAAUGACACUUUGGCCAUGGACAUGCAUGUCAGGAAUGAAAGCUCUUACUCUGCCUCACCUGGAAGGUCAGGGGGCAUAAGUGCCCAGCGCGAUCUCUUUGAGGAGAGAGGGGAAGAGUACUUGAGUGCUUUUGACAAGAAGGCCCAAGCAGACUUUGACAGCUGUAUCUCUUCUCAAAGAAUAGGCCAGGAGCUUUUGUUUCCACCCCAAGAAAACGUUCAGGAGGCGAGUGCUCCUGGGAGUCAUCCCCCAAACCUCAGGUGUUCCCCGUUGGAGCGUGACUUUGUCCCAGCUGAGAAAAAGCCAGAGUAUAACAAUUGGGACGUUAGCCACCAACCAAAAGCCACCGACACAGCCAACGGCAUUGAGAAGGAGACAUCCCGGGACGGGCCGUCUUUUAGCACCUCCUCGUGGGAGAAGGAAGGGACCACCAACAAACAGCCCACCUCAGAGCCUGAAUGGGCUCCCGGAACCCGGAGCUCCGGGAACCAGCAUCAGGAACAAACAGGCCGGACCCGGAGGUCUGGGCCUAUCAAGAAACCUGUCCUAAAGGCCCUCAAGGUAGAAGACAAGGAAAAGGAACUAGAGAAAAUUAAGCAGGAAUUAGGGGAGGAGAACUCCCGGCUAGCCAAGGAGAAAGAGCCAGUUCUACAGGCAGAAAAGGACGAGAAUGAAGAGAAUGACCCCACCCUAGCCAACUCCUCCACCUCUGUCUUACAGGACAAAGACUCCCCCCCUGCUAGUUUUAGCCAUGAGUCCAGUAAGUUUGAAGAGGAUGAGAAGCCCGACAGGGCCUGGGAGACCAGACCAUCACGAGAGUCCAGCGAUGUCCCCCCAACAAAGAGAAGUAACUGGAUCUUUAUUGAUGAGGAGCAGGCCUUCGGGGGCAGAGGACAGAACCGGAGCCGGGGCCGUGGUUUCAGAGAAUUCACCUUCCGUGGGCGCCCUGCUAGUGGAAAUGGAGGCAGCGUCUGUGGCGGGGGGAUCCUGGGGGCUCGGGGCCUGUAUAACAACAGCCAAAGAAGCAGCCGAGGCCGGGGACUGCGCGAGUUCAAUCAGCCUGAAGACUUCCCCAGAGCCAAGCCCCGGCGAAGGAUUGCCAGCGAGACCCACAGUGAGGGUUCAGAGUACGAAGAACUUCCUAAGCGGCGUCGGCAGAGAGGCUCGGAAAAUGGGAAUGAAGGCUCCCUCCUGGAAAGGGAGGAGAGCACCUUGAAGAAAGGCGACUUUAAAGAUUCCUGGCGAUCCAACAAGAUGUAUUCUGAUGACCAUAAUGGUCCAGAUGCUAAGAAUCGAGGCCCUCGGGCCUUUGGGCGAGCCCUGCCACCCAGGCUGAGCAAUUGCGGGUAUGGACGGAGGACCUUUGUGUCCAAGGAGUCGCCCCACUGGCAGAGCAAAAGUCCAGGCAACUCCUGGCAGGAGUACAGCUCUUCUGACACGUGCGGGUCCCGGCGAUCCACAGAUAGAGACUAUAUCCCAGAUUCCUAUAGACAUUCUGACUCAUUUGGUGGCAGAGGCUUCGAGGAGAGCCGCUUGGAGGAUAAGAGGUCCUUCUUCCCAGACGACCAUGUGGCAGAUUCUGAAAAUGCCGAGAACCGGCCCUUCCGGAGAAGACGCCCCCCGCGCCAAGACAAGCCCCCUCGCUUCAGGCGCCUCAGGCAAGAGCGUGAAUCUUUAAGCCUGUGGGGGCCUGAGGAGGAGCCCCACCUGCUGGCAGGUCAGUGGCCAUGCAGGUCCAAACUCUGUCCUGGGGGCAAGAGCAGUGCUGUGGGUCGCCGGUCCCCUGAACUCUCGUACCAGAACUCCUCUGAUCACGCCAAUGAAGAAUGGGAAACAGCCUCUGAGAGCAGUGACUUCAGUGAGAGGCGGGAGCGGCGAGAAGGCCACGUGGCUGAGCCGGACUCCCAGGUGGACAGCGGCCUGUCUGGGGCCAGUUUGGGUGAGAAGAAGGAGUUGGCCAAGAGAAGCUUUUCUAGCCAGAGACCCCUGGUUGACAGACAGAGCCGAAAGCUGGAGCCUGGAGGGUUUGGGGAGAAGUCCGUUAGGCCAGGUGGUGGUGAGACCUCUCCCCGCUAUGAGAGCCAGCAGAAUGGGACGCCUUUGAAAGCCAAAAGAUCCCCAGAAGAGGCUUUGCCUGGAGGUCUUGGUGGCUGCAGCAGUGGGAGCAGCCACUCGCCCUACACCCUGGAGCGGGCAGGCCAUGCCAACUCUGACAUUCCUGAAGCCUCCAGUAAGAAGGCAGAGAAGGAGAGCAAGCUGACUGCUCAGAGGGCAGGCGAGCAGGGAGAGACCAUGAAACAGUUUGAUCUGAACUAUGGAAAUACUAUCAUUGAAAAUUGCGGGUCCAGCCCCGGGGAGGAGAGUGAGGUGGGCUCUAUGGUGGGUGAAGGCUUCAUCGAAGUUCUGACCAAGAAGCAGCGCCGCCUGCUGGAGGAAGAGAAAAGAAAGAAGGAGCAAGCCGUGCAGGUGCCUGUCAAAGGUCGAGGCCUUUCUUCCCGUAUUCCUCCUCGGUUUGCUAAAAAGCAAAACAACUUGUGCCUGGAGCAAGGUGAUGUAACAGUGCCUGGCAACAGCCUAGGCACCGAGAUCUGGGAGAGCAGCAACCAAGCCCUCCCCGUGCAGGCCUCGACCAGUGACUCCUGGAGUAAAGCCGUCACUGCCUUCAGCAGCACCGAGUCCGGCUCUGCUGAGCAGGGUUUGAAGAGCAGCCAGGGAGAUAGUGGCGUUGACUUGAGCGCCGAGUCUCGGGAGUCAUCCGCGACCUCCUCGCAGCGCAGCUCCCCGUAUGGUACUCUGAAACCAGAGGAGAUGAAUGGGCCUGGCCUGGCGGAACCCAAGGCCGACAGCCACAAGGAGCAGGCUCAGAAGCAAUCUGAGCAAAAGGAUUCAGAACAAGGCUCAGGACAGAGCAAGGAGCACAGACCAGGACCCAUCGGCAAUGAGCGUUCUCUGAAAAACAGAAAGGGCUCGGAGGGGGCCGAGCGGCUGCAAGGGGCUGUCGUCCCGCCUGUUAACGGAGUAGAGAUUCACGUGGAUUCCGUGCUGCCUGUGCCGCCCAUUGAAUUUGGAGUCAGUCCAAAAGACUCGGAUUUCAGCUUGCCACCUGGUUCUGCCUCUGGUCCUGCAGGGAAUCCAGUUGUCAAACUUCAGGAUGCCUUGGCCAGCAAUGCUGGAUUAACACAGUCUAUUCCCAUCCUCCGGCGGGAUCAUCACAUCCAGAGGGCCAUUGGCCUCUCCCCAAUGUCCUUCCCCACCGCUGACCUCACUCUGAAGAUGGAGUCUGCACGCAAGGCUUGGGAAAACUCUCCCAGUUUGCCGGAGCAGAGCUCUCCAGGAGGCACUGGUUCGGGCAUCCAGCCUCCAUCCUCCGUGGGAGCCUCCAACGGGGUCAACUAUAGCGCUUUUGGUGGAGUCUCCAUGCCACCCAUGCCUGUGGCCUCUGUAGCACCUUCUUCCAUUCCAGGCAACCACCUCCCGCCUCUGUAUCUGGAUGGCCAUGUAUUUGCAAGUCAGCCCCGGCUGGUUCCUCAAACAAUACCUCAGCAGCAGAGUUACCAACAGGCUGCCGCUGCCCAGCAGAUUCCAAUUUCCCUUCACACGUCUCUGCAGGCUCAAGCUCAGCUUGGACUGAGGGGGGGGCUUCCUGUCUCCCAGUCUCAGGAGAUCUUCAGCUCCUUACAGCCCUUCAGAUCUCAGGUGUACAUGCACCCCAGCCUGUCGCCGCCCAGCACCAUGAUCCUCUCUGGGGGCACAGCGUUGAAGCCUCCCUACUCGGCAUUCCCAGGCAUGCAGCCUUUGGAGAUGGUGAAGCCCCAGUCGGGCUCCCCCUACCAACCUAUGAGUGGAAACCAAGCCCUGGUCUACGAGGGCCAGCUUGGCCAGGCUGCUGGUCUGGGGGCCUCCCAGAUGUUGGACUCCCAGCUCCCACAGUUAACAAUGCCGCUGCCUGGCUCCCAGCUGCCUCUGCCUCGGUACGGGUCUGGUCAGCAGCCACUGAUCCUGCCACAGUCCAUUCAGCUGCCCCAGGGGCCGAGCCUCUCUGUCGGAGCCCCAAGAAGAGUUCUUCCACCUGGGUCCCAGCCUUCGGUCCUUAACACCAGCAGAGAGUCCUCUCAGAUGGAGAUGAAGGGCUUCCACUUUGCCGACAGUAAACAGAAUAUUCCUUCAGGAGGCUCUGUACCAUCGCCACAGACCUACAGGCCUAGCUCUGCUAGCCCCAGUGGGAAGCCCUCUGGAUCAGCAGUUAACAUGGGCUCUGUGCAGGGACACUACGUUCAACAGGCAAAACAGCGAGUGGAUGAAAAACCCAGCCUGGGAUCUGUGAAGCUGCAGGAGGCCCCCUCAGCUGCCUCCCAGAUUAAGCGAACCGGAGCAAUCAAGCCUCGGGCAGUGAAAGUGGAGGAGAGCAAGGCCUGAAGGUGCUCGGCCACCACCACCGCCUCGCCCCUAGAUGAAGACAGUGCUGCC